GACCGAGUGGCCCAUGGCCCAUAAGACCUCGACAUCGCAACAACACAGUCCGGCAGUCCACACCGUAUUCACUUCUUGCUUCACACUCCCCAAAGCACCUCCUACCUUUGUCUCAUAAUCUCACAAGACUCAACACUACAACAACGUACGACACGCUAUCAACCACAAUAAUGUCUGCUCAAUCUCAAGUUCUGUUCCUAGGCGGUACUGGAUACCUCGGAUCCGCCGUCCUGUCUCGAUUUUUGGCUCUCGAGACCAAGCAUCAGUUCACGGUCCUGACUCGUUCCGAGGAGAAGGCCAAGCUCAUCGAUCAGAUUCGACCUGGUCAGGUCAAGGCCGUCCAGGGUACCCACCAGGAUUUGGAUCUUAUCGAAAAGCUCGCCAGCGAGAAUGAUAUCACCUUCAACUGUGCCGACUCGGACGAUCUCGACUUGACCAAGGCCGUCCUCAAGGGUAUGGCUAAGCGUAAGAACGCUACCGGUCACCGACCCAUCCUUAUUCACACCUCGGGAACCGGUACUCUUAUCGACGAUGCAAGGGGUGCCUACCCGAGCGAGACCAUCUACUCGGACUUGCGAGCCAACCCCACGGGCAAGCCUCCUGUCCUUUUCCUCGACUCGCUCCCUCCUACAGCUUUCCACAGGAACGUUGACCUCGAAAUCAUCGAGGCUGACAAGCAAGCCCUCAUCCGUGCCUUCAUCAUUCUACCCAGCACCAUCUACGGUAUCAACAAGACCGAGCUCGCAGAAAAGGGAGUAGGCAACCCUCAGAGCCAGCAGGUGCCCAACCUCAUCAAGGCUAGCAUUGACCGAGGCCGAGCGGGUAUGGUUGGUAACGGGCAGAACAUCUGGCCCAACGUUCACAUCAACGACACUUCCGAACUGUUCGUAAAAGUAUACGAGUACUCCGUAUCGGGCAAGAAGGGAAAUCACGGAACCUCUGGUUACUACUUUGCCGAGAGCGGCGAAUACACACAAUUCGCAUUGGCUCAGACCAUUGGUCGAGUGCUAGUCAACAUGAAGAUCGCUCAGGACACCGAGCCCACCACGUUCUCGCAGGAAGAGGUCGACAAAUACUACAAUGGCUCCUAUUACGCUGGUACCAACAGCCGAUGCCGAGCGGACCACUCUCGAUCAAUUGGUUGGCGACCCAAGAAGACCGCUGGCGACUUUUUCGCGAGCGUGGAGGAAGAGGUCCAGCAGACUCUUGCUAGGUCGAAGAAGGAUUGAAGGGGAUCGAUUCAGUCAAAUAAAACAGUGUAUCCGCAGUAGCAAGCCGAGAAGCCGUAGCGUGUCGGCUACAAUCAAUGAUCGAAACACACAACUGUAGACAUGCAUUUAUCGAGAUUAGCCACGUUAUCAGGGCAUAUAUGACGAGAUAUGUUCCUCAUAAUGCGACACGCUUUAGCAGGGCCUAAAUCGACCUAAAUUCGACGCG